UGAAUUUUUGUAUGUUUUCCAGAAAUUUUUACUUUUAUUGUUAGGAAUAAGUUAUAUACGAUAGAUAUAUUAUAAGAAUUACCAUGGCGGAAAAUGAGAUAAAUGAAGUUGUUACCAUCCAACUACAUAGGGGCUCAAGUGGGCUUGGAUUUAAUAUCAGGGGAGGCAAGGACCAAUCACAUUUACCGAAUGAUCACGGAAUAUUUGUGACCAAAAUUAGGGAAACUGGUGCAGCAGCACAAGAUGGCACAUUAGAAGAGGGUGAUAAAAUUAUUGAAAUUAACGGUUCCAACAUGGAAAAUUUGAAUCAUAACGAUGCAGUCAAUUUAUUCUUGAGUGCGGGUGAUGACGUCACUCUUAAAAUAUGGCGAGGUGCGGAAAGAAUUCGAAUGGAUGAAUAUGCAAGAUAUCUAGAUGAAUUGAAAGCUGCUAAACAAAGAAAAGUAAUCCUUGCAACAAUGGGAUCCGCUGUUUUGGUGUUUGCACUCGUGUAUUAUAGAAAAAAUAUCUUUAGUAGUCUCAAAGACAUUGUCUCUAAACUCGGUUUUGGUUCUUCAGUUUAAAUUAAAGACAUCGACUAGUUCAACAAAUACUUAUUGUAAAGUAAAAUUGAUGAGAAAGAAAUAAUUAAUAAACUACGACUAAGCAAUGAUAAAAACAAUACAUACAAUAUAUCUGAAAUAGAAAUAAUGUCUGCCAAUCUCCUUCAAAAUCUUCCAAUUGUAGCCCUAUUUUUAUUUUGCUGGUAAGCACAAAUAUUCUAAGUGGCAUUGGACUAUUGAUUUUGUUUUUAUUUUUUAGUUAAGAUGUUUUUUUAUGAAAGAAUAGGGCCACAACACAACAGAUUGGCCUAUAUAGUAAUUGGUCCAUGCUUUAUGGGUCUAUGAUUUCGAGCGAUGUUCUGAUUUGGACAACUUAUGCAACCGAAAUACAUUGAUUCAGUACACUUUGCAAGUAGAUUUCUCAAAUUUAUUAGGCUUGUGUUCAACAUUUUAAUGAGGUGUUCCCAUCCCCAGCCUGGCAAUAUUAUAUGCUUACUAUCCCGAUGUCAAAAAUAUAAACCAUAAUAUGUUCUAUUUAGUAUUUAUUAUUAGCUUUGUUGUAUCAUUUAUAACAGCUUUUGUAAUAAUUUUUUGCCUGUAUAUGUUAGGGUAUUUUAUUGAUAUACAUUUAAAUGCUUUGUAUGUGGGCAUUGGAUUUUUUCGGAUUUCUCGAAAUAAGGUUCAAUUCUUAGAAACUGGCAAGUACAAAAUGCAAGGCAAUUUUACAAAGUAAAAUCUAGUGACCACUGCUGUACUGUGUUGCGAAUUGCAAUUAUUAAAAAUUUUAGAAUAUUUUCAUGAAUAGUGCAAAUGUGUAAAUUAUUUUAAUAAAAUGAUAUAGUGGAGUAAUGUUUCUUGCAUCCCAGUUUGAUGAUACAAUAUGCCAAUGAAGCAUGCUCUUUAAUUAAUGCUACCAAAGAUCCAUCAUACAAUUUCUGUUAAAGUAACAUACCGUACUACCGAUUGUCACUUUAAAAAAUCUUAUGUGGAAGCCAAGCUCAUAAUAUUGUCCGUUGAAACUGUCAAAUAUUCAUUUUAUUUAUAUACAAGAAACAAUGCUUUUGACUAUUGUUUGCAGGGUAAUAUAAUUCAAAUAUACGUUAUACAAUCUUUGAUUUGUUAAUCAUUUCAAUUUAAAAUGAUAUAUUUAGUUUUAAAAGUAGAAGUCUCAAAUGCAAAUAUAUUUGAGAACUCUGGGGCCAACCAACACUUCAAGAAUACCGUUUGGAAUUGGGAACUGGAAAAAUUUAAUUUAUUUUUUGUAUGUUUGACCAAUUCCAAUGCUCUAUUGCCAAUUUUUUGUUUGAAUGUAUUUUUGAGUUGACCUGUGUUCUAUGUUUUAUUUGAAAUUUAUCAAUGAUUGUGUUGUGAUUUUUCAG